CUAGAGACCUCAGGCAAGGCAUCUCAUAGGAGGCUUUUUCAUAAAACUAGGCUCUGCUGGUAGUAAGGAGGCCACUCUCGAAGCAGGCGUUGAGCUGUGCACAUCUCCCCACCACAGGCACCUUCUCCAUAUAUCCAGCUUUUAUUUCAUUUUUUCCACUUGGCUGAGCCAUCCAGAGCCUUUUCAAUGUAUAAAAUGGAAUAUUCUUACCUCAAUUCCUCUGCCUACGAGUCCUGUAUGGCUGGGAUGGACACUUCAAGCCUGGCUUCAGCUUAUGCUGACUUCAGUUCCUGCAGCCAAGCCAGUGGCUUUCAAUAUAACCCUAUAAGGACCACUUUUGGGGCCACCUCUGGCUGCCCAUCCCUCACUCCAGGAUCCUGCAGUCUCGGCUCUCUUAGGGACCACCAGAGCAGUCCAUACGCAGCAGUUCCUUACAAACUCUUCACCGACCACGGGGGUUUAAACGAGAAGAGGAAACAGAGGCGGAUCAGAACCACGUUCACCAGCGCCCAGCUCAAGGAACUGGAGAGGGUGUUUGCAGAGACUCAUUACCCUGAUAUAUACACCCGCGAGGAGCUGGCGCUCAAAAUAGACCUCACCGAGGCGAGAGUGCAGGUCUGGUUCCAGAACCGCCGCGCCAAGUUCCGCAAGCAGGAGCGGGCGGCGGCGGCGGCGGCGGCGGCCGCCAAGAACGGGGCGGCCGGCAAGAAGUCCGACGCCUCCCGCGACGACGAGAGCAAGGAGGCCAAGAGCACCGACCCCGACAGCACCGGCGGCCCCGGCCCCAACCCCAACCCCGCGCCCAGCUGCGGCGGAGGCGGCGGCGGCGGCCCCAGCCCCGCCGCCGGGCAGGGAGCGGCGGGGCCCGGCGGGCCGGGGGGGGAGCCGGGCAAGGGAGCGGCGGGGCCCGGCGGGCUGGCGGCGGCGGGGCCGGGGCAGGGCUGGGCGCCGGGGCCCGGGCCCAUCACCUCCAUCCCCGACUCGUUAGGCGGCCCCUUCGCCAGCGUCCUCUCCUCGCUGCAGCGGCCCGGCGGCACCAAAGGCAGCCUCGUCAAGAGCGGCAUGUUCUGAGCGGCGGCGGCGGCGGCGGCGGCGGCGGCGGCGGCGGCGGCGGCGGCCCCUCCCGCUCAUUAGUACCCGCCGCCCGCCCGUAGUAAUGACCAGGGGCCCGGGCUGCGCCGGGCUCCGCGGGGCAGGGUCCCCGCGCCCCCACGGGGGGCCGCGCCCG